AUGGCGGCCGUCGCGCCUCCGCCCGACAACCUUGACCCGCCGCCGGCCACUCCCCCAGCCGCGGCUCCUGCCACCACGCUCACCCCGCCUCCCGCCGCCACCUCCACCCCGCCAAACCCCGCGACGCCCGGUCCCGCGGCGCCUAGCCCAAACCCUAGCCUGCCCGCUGCCCCCGCCCCCGCUUCCACGCCUCCGGCGGCAGUCGCGCCGCCGAUGCCCCCAGCUCCGGUCUCCUUCGCCGCCACUUUCCGUCCGCUCGGUGCCCCGGCGCCACCGCCGCCGCACCAGGUCCCGCAGUACGGCGCGGUGCCGCCGAACCCGGGCUACCCGAUGCUGCAGGCGAUGCAGCCGCCGGGCGUCCAGGUCGUUAUGCCACCGGGCGCCGUGCGGCCACCGGCCAUGUACGGGCCGCCCCAGCCGGGAGCAUACAUACCGCAGCAGGGCGCUGCGGUCCCCCAUCCCGGAUUGCCUCGUUAUCCUGCACCGUAUCCUAUGGUUCGUCCAGGUUUUGUUCCACGUCCAAUGCCGCCGCCUGGUGUUGUGGCAAUUCAACGACCACCAAUAAUUUCUGGGAUUAGGGCUAUUCUUCCUUUGGUAGCCCCAAGUGCCCGGCCACCUGCUCCAGCCGUUACGCUGGCUGAUAAACCGCCAACUGCAGUUUAUGUUGGCAAGAUUGCCCCAACAGUAGACAAUGAUUUCCUUCUUUCACUUCUUCGGCUUUGUGGACCUAUCAAGAGUUGGAAGCGUGCCCAAGAUCCAAGUGAUGGAAAACCUAAAGGUUUUGGGUUUUGUGAAUUUGAAUCUGCUGAAGGCAUCCUUUGUGCGACACGGCUUCUCAACAAAUUGAGCAUUGAUGGUCAGGAACUGGUGAUUAAUAUAAAUGAUGCUACCAAGGAUUACCUGAAGAAACAUGUUGAGGAAAAGAAGAGAGCACAAGAGAAGGCAAAAGAAACAGAAGAUGCAAGCGGUCAUGGAACUACAGCUGUUGCUGAAAAUGAAUCAUCAAAAUCUGUCCCUGAUGAAUCGGAUAAGGAGACAGGAGAUGCUGGAGAUAAGGACAAUGAAGAGAACACUAAGAAAUUUGGGAUUGUUACUGAUGAAGACUCUCAAGCUGAUAAAGACGUCGCAGAAAAAAUAAGCAAUAUGAUUGAGGAGUGGUUAAAGACUAGACCGCCACCCCCACCUCCACCUCCUCCGGUUCAACAAUUUGCUGAUAGCUCUGGCGUAGAUAAGGCAAAAAAUGAUUCUAAUGAUAAGAAUGAUGCUGACACUGAUAAAAGGGCAGUUAAUGAAACAGAAAGAUCUGAAACUGCCUCUCCUGAUAGGAGGAAGGAUAGAGAGCAUGAUAAGGAUAAACGGGACAAAGAUCUUGAAAGGCAUGAUCGUGAACGGGAACGUGAAAGAGUACGGAGGGAUAGAGAGAAGGAUCACAAGCAUAGAGAAGCUGAUAGGCUAUACAGGGAUCGCCUUAAGGAGUGGGAAUCUAGGGAGAGAGAGAAAGAAUAUCAGAGAUAUAGUGAAAAGGAGAAAGAAAGAGACAGAGAACAUAACCGCAGAAGGGAGAUCCUGAAGCAGGAAGACAAUAGUGAUGAAGAGGAUAAUAGGAAAAGGAAGCGAAGUAGUAGCUCACUUGAAGAUAGGAAAAGGAGGAGGCAACGUGAAAAGGAGGAAGAUUUGGCAGAUAAAAUAAGGGAGGAAGAGGAAAUUGCAGAGGCAAGGAGGAGGGCUGUAGAGUUGCAACAGCAAGCAGAUGAAGCAGCUGCAGCCGCUGCAGCUGCUGAAGAGUCUGCUACACUUAUGGAGGUUGAUGGUGGUGACGAAAAGGAAACAGAUGCACAAAAUAAGCCGACGGUUGUGGAGGCUGAUAACAUCCUGAGCUUUGCUAAUGGUGUUGGUGCUGGUGGACUUGGUAAGGAAAAUAAUGGUGAAGAAACAAGCAUGGCACCUGGUCAACUCGCUGAUACCAAGCAAAACAGCAAUGCCCCAGCAAAAAAACUGGGUUUUGGUUUGAUAGGCUUGGGCAAAAGGACAUCUGUUCCAUCAGUUUUUGCUGAAGAGGAUGACGAAAAUAAUGUUGAUAAAAGCAUAAGACCUCUAGUACCUAUCGAUUACUCCAAUGAAGAAUUACAAGUUGUACAGGCUAAUUCUUCUACUGGGGCAAAUGUCGCAGCAGCUGCCGAGUUUGCCAAGCGCAUCUCAGUUUCAAACUCAAAGGAAGAGAAGGCUGACGCCGAGAAGGAUAGGAAUAGGAGAUCCAGUGAAGGUCGUCCUAGUGAUGAGCGAAGAGAGAAGCUACAUGAUCGCGAGAAGGAUAAGCCCAAGUCAGAGAACAAGAAGAUUCUGGAUGCAAAGCAAUUAAUUGAUAUGAUCCCAAGGACAAAGGAAGAGCUUUUUGCCUAUGAUAUAAACUGGGCGAUAUAUGACAAGCAUGAGUUGCACGAGAGAAUGAGACCUUGGAUUUCAAAAAAGAUUAUUGAGUUUCUUGGCGAGGAGGAAUCAACUUUGGUGGACUAUAUUAUUUCCUGCACCAAAGACCACGUUCAGGCAGAAAAAAUGCUAGAUCUCCUACAGUCGAUUUUGGAUGUUGAGGCCGAGAUGUUUGUCCUCAAGAUGUGGAGGAUGCUGAUAUUUGAGAUCAAGAAAGUCGAAUCUGGACUAUCAGGAAGAGCAAAGUCAUGA